ACCUGAAUAUUAUUAGUGUAAUACUCCUUAUAUCAUUGGUUUACAUUUUAAACAAGCAAACAAAUAAAAAGGAAAAGAAGCAAAAUAAUAUAAUUCCGAGAAAAGAUUUUUAGCGCGAAAUUUAUUAGAAAGAUAGCGGUAAUGGAAUACGCAUUGUGGCGACCUCGUUGCGACUGUUACGCCUUCUCUGGCAAGCACAUAAAGACAACAAACACGCUAUGAAACCACAAAAGAAGCCGGUAACAAAAGAAGACUGAAAAAAUCAUCCAUCCUGAAAUCAUAUCCAAAGCUGCCAAAGUUAAUUAUUGGUUAAACUACUGUGUACCUGAUAAAGUUAAAUAAAUAUAUUAUAAUCAUUGCUUGAUUCAUAAAGUUUUUAUUUACAAAGUUUCUAUUUACAAAAUUUCUACUUACAUGAAUAACUCAUAGCAUGCAAAUUGCGAACAUUAUUGUUCCUUCAUGUUUUUAACUUAUAAGAAAUUCGCUCGACUGAGUUAAUAUUUAAUGUGUCGAACAUACGCAUUCAACCGGCACUUUCAGAAUAUGGCACUUUAAUUAUCCUUUAUCCUUGAAUAAAUGCAUGUUUAGAUCUUUUUCUAAAAUGUCAUCAAUAAUCAAGAUUGAUGGAAGUAUAGGGGAAGGUGGUGGACAAAUUUUAAGAGUAGCUGUAUCUUUGAGUGCACUUUAUGGAAUACCUAUUGAGAUUAAUAAUAUAAGAGCAGGCCGAUCUACACCUGGAUUAGCAAGGCAACAUUUAAAAGGAAUAGAAUUAGUGAAAGAUAUGUGUAAUGCAGAAGUUUCUGGAGCAUAUUUAGGAUCAACACAUUUAAAGUUCUAUCCAAAAUCAUUACAUAGACAUGCAACUGAAUUUGAAGCUGAUCUGCCGACAAAUGGCUCUAUAUGUUUGUUGGCACAAAUUGCAUUACCAUGUGUUCUAUUUCUACCACAAAAAUCUAAUAUUCUAUUAAUUCUUAAAGGAGGCACAAAUGUUACUAUGGCACCUCAUAUAGAAUAUCUUACAGAAGUAAUUAGGCCCAUAUUGAAUAAAUUUGGAGCAGAUUUUGAUUUUGUUAUUUUAAAAAGGGGUUAUUAUCCAGAGGGAGUAGGUACAGUGCAUUUACGUAUAACACCAAUAAGAAACUUGAAUGCAGUUAACAUAACUGAUCUUGGUAUACUUCGUGAAAUAUCAGGCUGGGCUUAUGUAACUGGAUAUAUAAGUAUAAAUGAAGCAAAAAAAAUAGCUAUUGAUGCUAAAACUUUCUUAAAUUUUAAACUAACAAAAAAUAAUGUAGAAGUUCCUCCUAUUAAUAUUGAAUCUUCCAAAGAACACAGACAAACAUAUGGAUCUGGUAUUAAUAUAGUUUGCUCAACAACAACAGGCUGUAUAUUUGGUGGUUCUGGUAUGACACUGAAAAUAAGACACAUGGUAAAACCAGGUAUAUUUGCAGCUAAUGAAGUUUUAGAACCGUUCCUAAAUGGAGCAUGCGUAGAUUAUUAUGCUCAAGAUCAAAUAAUAAUUUUUAUGGCAUUGGCGAAAGGACUUUCAAGGGUUAAAAUAGGAAACAAGAUUACUUCUCAUACUAAGACUGCCAUGAAAAUUGCAGAAAUAAUGUUAGGCAACCGUGGACUUCGUUUUCAUUUAUUAGAAAGUGGAAGAGUAGGAAAUUCACCUUCCUAUAUUUUAGAAUGUGAAGGAUGCGGAUUGAUCAAUAAUUUCACAAAAUAACAUUAAAAAUAUAUUACGAUAGUAAUUCGUGUUAAAUAUUUAAAAUAAAUGUAUAGUUUGUAAAUUCUUAA